AUGGGCUUAUCUCAACUUGCCGCUUACGGCAUCUUGACAGCUGCAGCUGCUUAUGCUGUACAAACAACAAACGGCUAUGCCACGCACGAGAGGCGAGAUAUCGACAAGCGAGACUCGUGGGUAAAGAGAGAUCGAAUUUCCGCUAGAGAUGUCCUUCCCAUGCGCAUUGGCCUCACCCAGCGAAACUUGGAACGCGGCGCUGAGCUGCUUCGGGAUGUAUCAGACCCAAGUUCGGCAAACUAUGGCAAGCACUGGACAAGACAGCAGGUCGCAGAAAUGUUUGAGCCAUCGAAAGAAACCCUAGACACGGUGAAGAGAUGGCUUGAUAGCACUGGAAUUACAGCAGACAGAAUCCAGCAUUCGAGAGGUAAUGGAUGGCUAACGUUCAAUGCGUCCGCCGCGGAAGCAGAAAAGCUGCUCCAAACGGAAUACUAUACAUAUGAUCACAGCAUUGAGAGUCGUACUGCCGUUGGAUGCGAUGAGUAUCAACUCCCGCAUUAUGUUAGAGACCAUGUGGAUUUUGUGCAUCCAGGAGUCUCUCUAAUGGCUGGUCUAAAAACGCCGUCUCCCAAAAAACGCGGAAUAGACCGGUCGAAUGCCAGUCAACUGCAGUCACGAAAUGCUGCCAAUAGCUCCUGCUACGAUUUGGUAACACCAGACUGUGUUCGAAAGCUUUAUAAUGUCCCGCUUGGCGAUAAGGCUGUACCGGGAAAUACUUUGGGCCUCUUCGAAUUCGGAUCUUGGUAUAGCCCACAGUCAUUGGAUGCUUUCGUAGAGAAAUAUGCGCCCAAUGUACCAACAGGCACAAGGCCGGCCAACGUGUCAAUUGACUUGAGCGCCUGGCAUUAUGGCGAAUACAACCAGGGCGUCGAAGCUGACAUGGAUGUACAAAUAGCUUUCCCACUGAUAUACCCCCAAAACAUCACCAUCUAUCAGUCGGACGACAUAUAUUAUACUGGCUAUGGCCUAGACUCUCAUCUCGGCUGGUUUCAAGACUGGCUUGACGCUAUUGACGGGUCUUACUGUACAUAUUCGGCCUUUGGCGAGACUGGAAAUGAUCCAGACAUUGAUCCGGUGUAUCCUAACCCGAAUCGAACUCCCGGCAGCGAAAACUCAACGAGUCCCGACUUUUACGAAGGACUGACUGCUUGCGGAACCGUGAACUCCACCAACGUCUUUUCCGUGUCCUACGGAGGCUUAGAGUAUAAACUCCCUGUCAAUUAUAUGUUUCGCCAGUGUAAUGAGUUCAUGAAGCUAGGGCUCAUGGGCACUACAGUUGUAGUUGCUAGUGGUGACUCUGGAACUAGCGUUUCUGAGAUUUGUGGUACAGGCUUUGACGAAUACCAUACAACGGCGCAGUAUCCUUCAAACUGCCCAUAUGUUUUAUCGGUCGGGGCUACAAUGUUGACGCCCGAUUCGAAAGAAGUUGUGGCCAAUCCUUACGGUAGAGAAUACGCCAGCAGCGGAGGCUUUUCUUACAACUACUCUCGUCCAUGGUACCAACACGAGGCAGUUGAAAGCUACAACAAAAAGUAUAACCGGCUACCAACCGAUGCGUAUAAUGCUUCUGGUCGCGGAUUCCCCGAUGUUAGUGCUGUCGGCUGGAAUUUGCCCAUGUUCACAACCCCAGAUCCAGCUCCCGACAAUGCUUCAGGAACCAGUGCUUCUACUCCAAUCGUGGCCUCAUUGAUCAACCGAGUGAAUGAGGAGCGCCUUGCAGUCGGAAAGUCCCCUGUGGGUUUUGUGAAUCCUAUAUUCUAUCAAAACCCUCACAUCUUUAACGACAUCACAUCCGGCAAUAACUCAGUUUGCGGAUCGUUGGCUUUCAAUGCCACGCCUGGAUGGGAUCCCACUACUGGCUUGGGCACUAUCAACUAUGCCAAGAUGUUGGAAGUCUUUUUGAACUUGCCAUAA